AUAUUGGUUAUUUUUGCAGCGGGUAUAUGGCACCUGAAUAUGCAAUGCGGGGUUAUUUGUCUGACAAAGCAGAUGUCUACAGUUUUGGAAUCGUUGCCUUGGAAAUUGUCAGUGGGAAGAGCAAUACUAGUCAUCGAACAAAGGAGGACACUGUUUAUCUUCUUGAUUGGGCAUUGGUUUUGAAGGAGAAAGGGACUUUGCUGGAGCUCGUUGAUCCAAAACUAGGCCAAGACUACAACAAAGAAGAGGCGAUAACAAUGAUUAAUGUGGCUCUCCUCUGCAGUAAUGUCUCUGCAGCAGUUAGGCCUGCGAUGUCUUCAGUAGUAAGCAUGCUCGAAGGAAAGGCUGUUGUUCAAGAUAUUGGCAUUCCAGAUAAAAGCAUGUCAACGGAUGAGAAGAAGAUUGAACAAAUGAGGAGGCAUUUUCAAGUUAUCAACGAACAGGAAAUAAGUGAGACUCGUACUCUGUCAAUGGAUGGACCGUGGACUGCUGCUUCUACAUCUGCUGGUGAUCUUUAUCCAGUCUCUUUGGUUUCUGACUAUUUGAAGGGUAGAGAUUAGAGAAGUUUGCUCCAAUGUGCUUCAUCAAUUGUCCAUCCACCAUCUUAUUUUUCCUUCCACUUUCUGUAAGUUACUCAAUAAUUUGAUGACAUGUCCUUCAACCUUAAUCCAUUUUUCGUACACCA